AUGACUCAAUCGCCCGCCGUCACGGGGUAUAAGAAGGUGCCUCUGAUCCGUCCCCCAAGACGAUCCAACUCAGCACCAGGAAAAUCAAGGAUCCUGCGAGACAACAUCAAUGCCAUGGAAUCCCUUCCAGAUACAACAGCCUUGUGGAUCCCAACAUCACACACAAGUCUACAUUUCGACGUCCAGGUCGGUAUAGUCAAUGACCUAAUCGAGCUCUAUAAGAACGCCCAGCACCCCAGCAAACGACUGGCACACUUGGCCACUGUCUCCAGAACAUGGCAACGCUUGGUGGAGGAGCAUAAUUUUCAGGACUUGAGACUAACUGUAGCUGACCUUGCCGUCUUCCAAAAGUAUGUCCACUCAGAGCGGCGACCCUUUGUCAAAUCCAUCAUCCUCAGAGUCAGUGGAGGCCUCACCUGGCCCGGGUCCGUCGACUGGACUAUCUUGCCAGAUUUCUUCUCUGGCGUAAUUAUGUCCACUACCGCUAUUAAGUCUAUACACAUAGAGGAAUGGGGGAGUGGAUUUGGCAUCUGCAGUAAUCGUGCUUUCUCGACACCGUUUACGUUACCACCUUCAGUGAAACAACUUUCCUAUUUCCACAGCGUUAGUCAGUACCCCGAAAUGAAUCUCGGAGCACCAAAUACGGAGCUACUGGACCACAUCUCGCAAGCCUCGGACCAUCUUGAACAUAUCGCCGUGUCUUAUGCUAUCAGCGCAAGCGACUUCUUUGAUCACUGCAAAAAAGCGGAAGUAGAGUUUAAAGAGCUCAAAACCCUGGCACUGACCUAUCAUUUCGACGGAGUUUCUGACCAUGCGCUCCUGAUAACUGCUGCAGAAGCCGCCAAGAGAAUGCCCGCGCUCGAGAUGCUGGAAAUAUGGAAGUGCGAGAUAUCAAGACUGGGAGGUGCAUCUUCCGAACGGGAAGCUCAUAUCUUCGGCUACAAGAAGCUCGACCAGGGCAAGGGUCGGAUUACCUGGACGAGCAGCGGGAAUCAUAGGCUCCCUGCAUGCGUACGCAACGCCUGGAAGAAUGUCUUGACUGGUAGGCAGAGCCGCACACUUGAGGUCAAGGAGCAUCAUUUGCCCCAGGACCUUCUGGAGCUGGGCAUCAUCUCUCCUACAGCAAGGAGUUUCAUGCAGCUGGAUGAUCAAGUCGGCUCCAGCCACAAUCGCCUCGACCCUUUUGCGAACCUUUCGUUACGCCAUGUGAAUCCUCACAUAUAUUGGGGCAUUCUUAGUCAGUAUUACCUAGGGAGAGAACCUCUUAGCUUCGACCGAACUUCCUUGCCGCAACGAGGGGCCACGAGUUUUCCUAACGUUGAUGCUAUCGCUGAGCUGGUUAUUCGAAGAAAAUACCAUCCAAACAUCUCUCCAAUAACUCUCUAUGAGAUCAUCUCCUCUACUCCUUGUGUUGAAUAUAUUCACCUGGAGAGGUGGUGUUAUGGCAAUCCUAGUCAAGACAGAAAAUGGGAUUUCACUUUCCAGCGGUCGGGGUUUCUAGUACCACAUUCAACAAAACGGUUGACCUAUUUUGAAGAAUUCCAUGCCGCAUAUCACCAGUGGGCUGGGGCAAUGGUACUGCCACGAUCCAACAAAACCCUUCUGGACUCAAUCUUCCACGCCGCGGAUCGCCUUGAGCAUAUUGCAUUUUCAUAUGCUUUCGAUGCACGAACGUUCUUUGAUCGGCUCAGAGAAACGGAGUUCAAAGCAUUGAAGACUCUCGCACUUACAUCUUCUUUCCAUAACACUACUGAGGAUCUCUUUAUCAAUGCUGCAGAAGCAUUAAAGAAGAUGCACGCUGUCAAGAUUCUGGAGAUCUGGAAUUACGAAGCUGGUCAAGCUGACGUUUUCCGCUACGUGAGGCUGGACCGAUACCAGGGUCAAAUCACUUGGCAGAGCACCAAGGACCGCGAGAUCUCUUCAACUGUGGAAAGGAGUUGGAGAAAUUUGUUGAGGAGAGGCCAGUUUGGGUUCGAUGUCAAAUGUAGCAAUUUUCCGAUGGAGAUGGAAAGUCUUCAUGAUCUUCUCCCACAUCUAAAGUUGGGGGAGCAAAUUCUUCGUGAUGUCACACAGAGGUAA